AAGGGUUAAAGACCCGUAAUAGGAUGAAUGGAUAUUGUGGCUAGCAGCAUCUGAUUACAGAGACCUCUCCUGAGCGACGCUAGGAAGCAUCGAGAAGACUCCUUCCCUCUCAAAAGUGUUAUACAGAUCCACAUUAAAGUCAACUAUUGUUCAAUAAGGCAACACAUUACAAAUCGACUAUUCCUUGGGAGUCCAAGCCAGCAGCAUACGGGUGAGGAGCAUGCAUGCACUGGUGGCGAGUCUCUGCAGGACGCAUGGAGUCGCAGCGUAAUGGCCUAUGGGAGUGCAGCAAGCGAGCCUGUUGCUUCUGAGUAAACAUUGACAUUCAACGCGCUGCUGGCUUCGAGGCACACGGAACCUUUCGGAGAGUUUCACCCUGCCCGACGCACCCAUGUGCCGCCGACCGCCCGCUGGGAGCUUCUAGGGAACAGGAUCAUCGGAGAAAGAGGAUCGGAGCAAAGCAACAUAAGUUGCAACAGCCUUGCUCUUGUCUAUUGCUUCUCAGGCCUUCGGAGAAACAGCCCUUGCUUGCAUUUGGACUGCUGUCCAUCUCUGUUUUCAUCUCUGAAAAGUCCCACGUCUAGCCGGCAUCAUUCCGUGCUGUAGGGCAGACCCCAACAUGUCUUCCAAUGGAGACCUCUGCGACCUGGGAAGCUCUGACAGCUUCUGGGAGCCGGGGAACUACAAACGCACGGUGCGGCGCAUCGACGACGGCCACCGGCUCUGCAGCGAGGUGGUCAACUGCUUCCAGGAGCGCGCCAAGAUCGAGAGGAGCUACGCCCUGCAGCUCGGCGACUGGGCCCGCAAGUGGAGGGGCACGGUCGAGAAAGGCCCUCAGUACGGCACGCUGGAGAAGGCGUGGCACGCCUUCAUGCAGGCGGCGGAGCGUCUGAGCGAGCUGCACCAGGAGAUGCGCGGGCAGCUGGCCAGCGAGGACAGCGACAAGGUGCGCAGCUGGCAGAAGGACGCCUUUCACAAGCAGCUGAUGGGCGGCUUCCGCGAGACCAAGGACGCCGACGACGGCUUCCGCAAGGCCCAGAAGCCCUGGGUCCGCCGGCUGAAAGAGGUGGAGUCCACGAAGAAGAGCUACCACCAGACCAGGAAGGAGGAGCGCACGGCGCUCACCAGGGAGAACCACGCCAAGGCCGACCCCACCAAGUCCCAGGAGGAGGUCCGCAAGUUCUCCACCAAGGUGGAGCGCUGCACCGAGGAGGCCGAGAAGGCGAAGCAGCGCUACGAGAAGGCUCUGGAGGAGCUGAACCGCUGUAACCCCCGCUACAUGGAGGACAUGGAGCAGGUGUUCGACCUGACCCAGGACGCCGAGCGAGGACGCCUGCGCUUCUUCAAGGAGGUGCUGCAGGACAUCCACACACACCUGGACCUGUCCCGCCAGGAGGGGUUCCAGAGCCUGCACCAAGACCUGGGGCAGACCAUCAACGCAGCCAACGACGUGGAAGACCUGAAGUGGUGGAGGAACACCCACGGGCCCGGCAUGAGCAUGAACUGGCCCCAGUUUGAGGAGUGGUCCCCGGAUGCGAGUCGCUCCAUCAGCAGGAAGGAGAAGGGUUGUCAUGACGAGGACAACGUGGUCACCCUCACCAACAUCGUGCCGUCCGGUGCGGAGGAUGCCCCGCCCACUCCGACCCCCACCAUCCUGGACACAAGCAGGGUGAAGGACUAUUCCUCGGACUGGUCGGACGAGGACGGCUCUAAGAAGGGCCUGGGGGUGAACGGCGUGGGUGAGGUGGAGAAGCAGCAGCAGCAGGAGGAGGAGGAGGAGGAGGUGGAGGUGGAAGAGGAGGAGGAUAAGGUAGAGGCUGUGCCUGUCCGUGCGCUCUAUGAUUACACGGGCCAGGAGGCCGACGAGCUGAGCUUUAAAGCAGGAGAACAGCUGCUGAAGAUGACGGAGGAGGAUGAGCAGGGGUGGUGCCAAGGCCGGCUGUCCAAUGGCCAGGUGGGCCUGUACCCGGCCAACUACGUACAGGUGGUCGCCUCAUGACCCCACGGCCCGCCCACCUCAGCCCCGCCCCUCCCGGGCCGCCCGGCCAAUGGUACUGGAGAGUUAGACGCCUGGACCAAUCACACCAUGCCACCAGAGCCCACGUGAGCGCGUGCCCUUCCCGGAGGUGGACACUGUGAGCCUUGCCAACCAAACCAUUCCCUGAACAAUUUUUAUUUUAUUUUAUUUUCCUUUUUUUUCUCAAAUACCUAUGCUCUCUGCCUAGCUACGGGACUGAGGGAGUCCGCUGUGCUUCCUGCCGCCAUUUUGCGUCACGUAAAGUUGUCCAGAGUGCGCGUGUCUCUCUGUCUAGUCGUAUUUUUCCGUUGGCGGCGCAUCACUCGCGGGGGGAAGUGCCUUCGCAGAGACGGUUGACCUUGAACGUCUAGUGAUGACCUCUAUAAGAUGCUGGCUGACGUUAGACCUGGCCACGCCCACCUCAUGACCAUGCCCACACCAUGACCACACCCGCACGAUGGCCACACCCACAUGAUCACAUGGUCACAUCGCUCGGUGAAGGUUACCCCCGACAACUAAAAGCAGCCGGGUGUGGCCGUUGUGUGUGUAUAUAUGUUACCUGUUUUGGUCACCUGUUGAAAGAAUAAAAAAACAGUUGUUGAGUUAUGGUAGGUUUAACGUUGUUGAUGGAUAUUUAGCCUUGGCAGUGUGUUCAACUCUCUGUUGAUUUGUUCUAUGAAUCAGCUUCCUCUUCUGCUAUUUCUGCUAUUAUCUGAAAAAAAAAUAUAUAUAUAUGUUGUCAAUCACACUCAAAUGAACGAGUUUUUAGUUUAAAAAAACGUUUCCUUGUUGAGGCAAUCUAAUCUUUUAUUUGUUGGUCCGUUUCUUUUUGUUGCUACACUGACAAAAGGGAGCGAGGGCAUGAGUGGUUUUCUAGUUCAUUUUGAGAUUGUUUCCCAAGAUGUGUGCCUGUGUGUUUGUGUGUGUGUGAUAUAUUGGCCACUGCUAACCCCGUGCACCAAUGCUGGAGCUAACCCGUGUACCCUCUCAAUAAAACCAUUGAGAAAACUA